GUUUCGCUUGAGCGCGCAGUGCCUUUACUCAGUCGUUCCACCCAGGACAGCAGAGGUACAGCCGUUCUUUCCCAGUUAUGGCAAACUCAUAGGAAAAUAUUAUUCUCAAAGAGUUUUACAUGAAGCACUCGGCAAGUGUCAAUUAGAGGGGUGGGUUAAACUUUGUUUGAUUAAAUUGCAUGUCAAGGAGUAUGCUAAUAUUUUGUUCAUCUUGAAUUCAAAGACCGGUCCGAUGCUUUUAUGGGCUCUGAAACUUGUUGACCAAUUUUGGAGAACGUCGGAGAAGAUAUUUCACGACUUCCUAGAGGGCGUGGUUGGGCCAAUGUGAACGCGCAGUAAUUUAGAACCCCUGGCCACCAGUGUAUAGCGACGCGACACACGAAAGUUCAGUAGAAUACGCUUUGCCCUUCAAGAUCUUACACGUACUGGCGACGCUUCGCCGCUAUAAACUAAAACAGUUUACCCGAGAACAAAAGUAGCUGCUCGUGUACGUAAAAUAAUAGUGGCAUGUUGCGCGCGGAGCAGCAAGCGGUACUUUAGUCGACAGACGGACUCAGUUCCUGAUACAGGAUGCGAUAAGAAGCUGCUCUUAUUAUUCACUACGUCGCUGACCAAAAACUAAAAAAGAAACCAUGUGAAAAUUCUUAAACAAUAGUGAAUGCUUAUUGGAUACGGGUUGCGGAUGCGGUGCGCUACAAUUGGGAGUGGUGCAAUCAAGUACGGAAGGCUUUACGGGAAUCGAAAAACUUUGUGCGUGAACCCAAGGUACCCAAUUUCCGGCAGCGAUCGGUGGGAGUAACGGACGCUCGAUACGAACUGCAUUGGGCAGGUAGAUCAGGUGUAACGAAAAAAAGAUGUACUUUGUAAGGCCUCGCCGGCGCAGGUGGAGUUUCCAUCUGUGGUUUGCACUCAGUGUUUUGCUCUGUUCUACAGAAGCGACCGUGGCCUCGAAGACAGCACCUUAUGUCGCCCGUCAUCGGCGAACGGUAGUCGCCAGCAAGAUUCAGGAUAAGGCAAACGCGGCCGGCCUGAUUCGCAUGAACAAUAUGGUCACUGAGGAAGAUGGCAUCGAGAAUUUUCGUCUUAAGCAGCUACAAACACCGGACGAGAUCGGGCCCUCAAUCAAUCACACGCUGACUCCGGCCAGCGUCACCGGACAGCUGGGUUCUACCGUCUAUUUGCAUUGCGUCGUUCACAAUCGAGCCCAGAAAACGGUAACAUGGCUACGCCGUUCGGAUUACCACAUCCUCACUGUUGGUUCGCUUACGUAUACAAGCGACGAACGGUUCUCGUCGAGUGCGAGAACUCUACAGGGCAAAGAUACGUUCACGUUUCCUUUAGCAGCAAACCGUGGCAGCGAUUCGAUCGUGGCCGCGACUACUACCGAACAUAGUGCGUGGCAUUCGCCAGACCGAGGCACGAGUUCCCCAGAUCGAACCGAAGACUGGAUGCUACAAAUUCGUGGAGUGACCAUAGCCGACGCAGGAGAGUACGAGUGCCAGAUCAACACACAGCAUCCAUUAAUCAGCACCCAUAUCAAUCUCAUAGUUCUUGCUCCUCACGCGCAGAUUGUUGAAGCUCCCGAAUUGUACGUGAACAGCGGAAGUACAAUCGCGUUGACCUGCGUUAUUCACGAUUGCCCUCAGCCCUUAACGCACAUCUUCUGGUACCACCAAGAUAAGGUUCGAUUCCGGAAGAGGUCCGCACCUCUAAGUUGGCAUCAGACAUGGUUAGAGGUUUGGUUCUUGGGGAUCGCCAUAAAUGGAUCUGGACACAAAUAUCUCGCCUGCUUAUUCAUAUGGCUUCUACAGAGCAUUCCGGCCGGUAUACGUGUGCUCCUGUUGAUUCUAGCCCUGCAUCCGUCCAUGUCCAUGUUUUACAAGGCCUCGAGUAGGGCUGAGUUAGGUGCGCGAUCUUCGACUGCUGCCAAGAACGCCCACUUACGUCCAGCCUCGAAAAAAAGUAUAUCGUCGAUAUCCGGCUUUUCGCCAGUGUCCAAGUCAGCGCCCGGUUCCUCCUUGGAUAACCCAGAAAACCAUCAUACCAGCGCAAUGCAACAAGGAACUCGUCUGACUACCACAUCGAUCCUUCAGUUUCAUAUGCAAUCGCCAGGUUGUACUAGGCAAUUGCAGGACACAGGAUGCGCUGCUACUCUGCUCUGCCUGAACGGAUACCACCAGCGGCAGUGCGUCAAUUCAGACUUUGUCUAGGACAUACCGCACCUGGUCGCGGAAUCAAACCCGCUAUAUAUAUCGAUAUUAAUAUGCACAUAUAUAUAUAUACGCUAUGUCAAUCGCAAUAUUUAUUUGUAGCUGAAGCCAAUUUCGUUGACCGAUUCAUCUUAAUUAGAAUUAAUAGCCAAAUUUUUUUGUGUAUAUUACCGGCACUAAUACUUGCACAAGCACGAGAUCGACUGAGCGUAUGUUUAUAGAGAGCAAUUGCAGAAAGGUUACCAAUCAGGCGGUUAAGAUAGGAAUCUACGGCUUAAGAGUGAACAAGCAUCCUUCAUACUGUGUUGAACCUGUUUUUGAAAUGGGAUUUUUGUUGCGGGCAAAAGCUAUAGAUGUUUCCCUAAAUUAAAGAUCGCAUUAUUGUGCGAGCUUCGGUAAGUUCCUAUGGGCAUUUUCUCCGGCCAACUAAAAACUUAAAGGUCAAAUAUUAAUAGGACCUUUUGGUCAGACAUCCUUCAACUGGAAUUCAUCCUAGACUAGUAAUUUUGCACGAAUAAAAUUGAGACAAUGGCUACGAAACUCGAAAAUUACUGAAGGCGUCUAAGGGUAACUCUGUGCGUGUACAUAUAAUGUAAGCAUACCUGCUUUAAACGUCUAUCUGUGAUAAAAUGUAUAGGAUAGAUAGAUGGAAUAGCUAGUGGACCAAGGAAUGUAUCAUAAAUCAUACUAAUAAAAAAUGGGA